UUGUCCAAGAUCAUACACCCUGAAAGUUGACCACAGAUUUAUAACAUCGCAACCUGCACUUCCGCCAGGUGAUGGAGAAGGGCCGGAUGGUGAAGCGUCGGGUGUGUGAGGUGAUCAGUACCCGGUUCUCCUAUGCCAUACCUCUAGAGGUCGUCUAUCUCACACCUCUCUUGUCGUGGAACCCUUACAACUUGACCAUACGUGAGGAGCCCCGUGUGGUCAACGCUAAGGGUCGUAAUGGCAAGGCCAGUCCCAAGACAGCUUAUGACGGGGUGGAUGGGUCCCAUUACUUCCUCACACCCAUACACUUCUAUAAGGCUUACACAAAUGGUGCUGAUCUUGCUCUGCACUCAUUAAUUCGACCCACCGCCGAUGGGCGGCACUCGAGCUGGCCAGGUAGGUCGGACAAUCCUGACCAUUCAGCGGACGGGGACGCGUUCCACAAGUUCAGUACAGCGCAAGGAGCUAAGAACAAACUGUAA